GUCCGCCGUCUUUCAGCCAAGUCUACCGGCGGUGGUGGACGCAAGAAGCUCUCCCCGUACAACAAGUUCAUGCAGACCGAGAUGGCCCGCCUGAAGGAGACUGAGCCCGACAUUCAGCACCGGGACCGGUUCAAGCUCGCGACUGCGAACUGGAAGACCGCGAAGGAGAACCCGAAGAACGCUGCCUGA